UCUCUGCAGAAACAGCAACUAGAAUCAGCUGUAUUCACUGAGAUAGCUCCUGUGCCUCCCGAUGUGGCGAUCCAUCAGCACAAGCUCCUUGAUGUCGCAACCACGACCCCUGCGCCCACACCUCCUUCCGGUCCUCUCCCGGAAGUGAACCUAGGACAAAGCUGCAAUUACGCCCACUGCGCUCAGGUCAACAGCGCAUGCGUUACGAAGGCGGACGGCAUCAGAACCUGCGAGUGUGUGAAUAAAUAUCUACAAACGAAUUCGACAUUCUGCAAAAGAGCUCCUGACUUAGUGACCAAGACAUCGUCAUUCACCUUUAAUGUGUCCACAGACUUCACUGGCAAAGUGGGAAGUAUACCUUUCGAUGGCCUCCUGGAAUUCGAACAGAACUUCUUCACCCUGAAGGUUGAUAUAAUACCAAGAGACGUACAUCUUAAAAUGACUACAUCAUCUGAUAAUGUAACACUUGAAAUCACAGUUCCCUUGGUAAAGUCAACAAUAUAUGCUCUGACUAUGGCUGCUUCCACUCCGAGGCAUACCGUGACGGAUACAGACACAGUCAGCAUAAUGGUAAACACAGCACUAAUACCAAAUGUACGAAACAUUUCGACGUUCGUGGUCCAGGGCACCAGAAGAAACACGUUGGUCGCGGAUGUCAGGGCGCAGGGCUUCGAGUUUGAAAAUGGACAAUAUACUUUCUCAAUUGAAUCUACCGAUGGCGCAAAACUGCUUUUCAGUGUGGAGGAACACACUGGCAGAGUCGUAUGCCGACAAGAUAUCAUUAUACAAUCAGAACAGGUAGUUGCACGGGAGUACAUAUUUAAGGUUAUAGCUACAUCCGGAAGUUCAUCCAUGGCCCUCAUCCGGGCAAAUAUAUUGGUGCUCAGACCUCAGUUUGAGAUAGCUCUUAACGAGAAUGAGGAAGCAAUUUUCAUGCAGUAUGAGCUCCAAAGUGAUAGUUUUACGAUAACCCCACAUGGUUUGCCAUCUGACAUCAGCAAUACCAAUGGCUUAUUUCAACUGAUGACAUCUAGAGACUAUGAAGGAGAAUUUAAAAGCAGUACCUUUUCACUUGUUGUCCAGACAAGCCAAACUAUAGUCAGGCAAACAUAUAUUUCUGUUACUUUGAACAUCAAUGAUUUGAACGAUGAAGCACCUCAGUUUCAUCAACUUACCUAUGUGUUCGAUAUCUUUGCUGGGUCAUACAAUGCCACUGUUAUCGGCAUAAUAAGCAGCACUGACCCUGACACUGUGGGCCAGACGUAUUAUACCAUAGAAGGCAUGUACAAAGAUUGGUUUAGUGUUGAUCCAUCGGGUACCAUAAAAUCGAGGGUGGAUCUGAAAAAGGAACAAUUUGGAGAAGGGUUCAGUAUGAGCAUUACAGCGAGCGAUGGACAGCAACCCUCGCGCUCUAAAGCUGUUGUCAAUGUCAACCUGAUCACUAUUUAUCCGGACUCUGAAAAUCUGCAUAAAAACUUUACUGUUAAAAUUCCGGAAGAGGAACCAGCUGGACAUUGGGUAACCAAUGUUAAUAUUGCCAAUUACAGCAACUAUCGUUUCAACAGUAUGCAUGCUGAGCAACUAUUCAACCUUAAUUCAACAACGGGACAGAUAACAACAAAAAGACCUAUUGACAGGGAGAGCCUUGAUGCUACGUUUACCUUCUUUGAUGUCCAGGCUAGAAAGGACAACGAGGAUCAGUGUACUCCCGUGACACUUGGACGACUAAUCUACGAACUGCAAGAUAUCAACGACAAUUAUCCUAUCUUCAGUCGCACGAUAUACCACGGUCAAGUUCCAGAAAACUCGCCACUUAACACCGAUGUAUCCGGUUUGAUAAACAUCCACGCAUCUGACGCUGAUAUCGGUGAAAACGCAAUACUUUCUUUUACACUUACGGGCAACGGAAGCGACUAUUUCGAAGUUGUUAAGUAUUCGGAUAAUAAUGUAAAAGUCAAAGUGAAAACAGCUCUAGAUAGAGAAUUAUUUUCCUCUUAUCUACUUAAUCUUACUGCAACUGACAAUCCAGUCGAUCCGAACGCCAGGAACAGUAAUUCUACUCUCCUUAACAUUACAAUUUUGGAUGAAAACGACAAUGAUCCCGUUUGUAAUGACUGGCCUUCAACAUUCUACGUUCUUGAAAACGUUGGUUUCGAGUUACUUACGAAGCUAACUGCCACAGACAUUGACGAAGGACCUAACGCAGAAAUUAUGUAUAGUGUACAUGGGGGAGGGUGGUUUUUUUCGGUUGAUCGACAAGACGGCAAAGUCUACAUAAACCACCCAAUUGAUCGAGAAACUUACGAUGUAAUAGAAUUAACUUUUGAGGCAAGGGACAAGGGCUCCCCCUCCAGAACCUGUGAAAAGAACGCUACAAUAUACAUUAAUGAUACCAAUGACAACGCACCGAUGUUUGAAAAUGGCAUCACUUAUAUGGUAUUCUACAGAGCCGAGGAUCAGGACUGUUCGAAGUUAAGUAUUGCGGUUACAGCAACAGACCCCGACAAAGGAAUAAAUGGAACGGUUGAAUAUUCGCUCAAGAGCAGCAACUUUUCUAUUGACAAAGUUAGUGGAUAUGUCACAUGUAAUUCUCCCCUUGACUACGAGCUCGAGAACAUCCACGAGUUCGCAGUUGUAGCCAGGGAUAAAGGUGUUGAGCCAAUGAGCGCUUCUCUGACCGUUAAGAUUCAGGUUUUGGAUAUCAAUGAUAAUGCCCCUGCUUUCUCCAAACAGUUCUACAAUACCAGCGUCCUACGCGGCGAAUGGGUUGAUGGCAAACCGAUUCUUGUUCUGAAGGUAUCGGAUGAGGAUUCUGGAUCAAACGCGGACAUUGCUUUGAGCCUUAACAAUUACAGCCAUGUCUUUGACAUAACGUCUGGCACCACUGGCGUACUGAGAAUUAAGGGUAGUGCACCAGCUGCGGGAACAGUGUACAACUUUAACAUAACUGCGACCGAUAAGGGUCACCCCCCAAAUACCAAUAAGACUCUCGUACAGGUUCGCGUGGGACAAAAGGAAGGCGAUAACCCAAUACUGUUUAAUACUACAGAUUUCCAAUUUGAUAUUGUUGAGGAAACAAAUUAUACAGGUGCCAUUAUUGGACAAGUACAAGCUGAAGUAACUGUAGGAGUUGCAAAAUACUCAUUUGUAGAAGGAUAUGAAGAGCUGUUUUGGAUCAAUUCUAGCACUGGAGAAAUAUUUUGCAACGUCAUUUUGGAUAGAGAGGAAAUCAAUCGAUACAAGCUGGUGGUACGGGUAUUACCACAGUCAGAAGACGAUGGUGGCGACGUGGCAAUUGUUACUGUAAAUGUCCGUGACAUCAACGACCACAAUCCAGUGUUUGAGGCUCGGUCAGAACAAUUGUUGUUCACGCUAUCUGAAGACGCCGGCAUCGGCAGUGUCAUAUCCUCCAUAGCAGCCAGUGACCCUGACGAAGGCAUCAAUGGAACGAUAACAUACAGUAUCUUGAACAAGAACGAACAGACCCCAUUCGAAAUUGAUGAACAGUCUGGUCAAUUGAAGACGAGUGGCAACUUAGACAGAGAAAGGACACCGAGUUACACUUUAACUAUUCAAGCAAAGGACGGCGGAAAUCCGUCCCGGUCUGCUGUUACCAAUGUCACAAUCCUCGUACUGGACGUUAACGACAACGCUCCAAUAUUCAGCCCAGAAUCCUACACCAAAACCAUAAAGGAAAACGCUCUUCACGGUACUUUGCUUAACGUAACUGUGUUCGCAACUGAUCUCGAUGACUCCGACAACGGCACAGUUACAUACGUCAGAGAAACUACAAAUGUCAGUGACCCAACGAACAGCUGUCCUUUCAGUCUAACAGAUAAAUUUAACCAAACAACGAUGGAAGUAGUGGGUGUGAUGUCUGUUGGCGGCUCCAUUGACUACGAGACGACGCAUGUGUAUGAGUGUUACGUCACCGCGGUGGACAUGAGUCGCUGCUCUGGUGAUAAGUGCAAGGGUCGCUUGACGGGAACUGCAACCGUUAGAAUCAACGUCCAAGAUGUAAACGACAACGCACCCGUUUUCCAAGCAGCGCCCUACAACGCCAACGUCACACGGGACAGCCCAGUCCCAACUCUUAUUACUGACGUCAUCAAAGCUACAGAUGCAGAUUCAGAGGACGGCAAUGGCAUCAUCACCUACAACAUCACAGAUGGUAUUGGGUCCAAUUUCUUCAGGAUAGAUGACAUAAGCGGUAAUAUCUCUAUCUGGUCUAAAUUGUCUGGACUUGACCACGACAAAGUCACUCUUACAAUUGAAGCUCGGGACAAUCCUAGUCAUGACAAACAACUCCAGACAACAACAACGAUAACAAUAGAAAUACUAGACGACAAUCCUAGACCGUGGUUUCCGAAGACCCAGACCAUGCAGAUCCUGGAAGAGGAGGACCCUGACGGAACCAGCCUCAACAUGACGGCUUUAGAUCGAAAAGACGGGAUGGUUACUAUUUGCAACUGCACAUACGAGCUUAAGACAUCAGAAUUCUCCAGCAUGUUUACUAUCAACAAGAGAACAGGAGAUUUUAGGCAGACCCAAAAAAUAAACAGAGAAUCUACCGGAAACACAUUGAAAAUAGAGAUCGAAGCUUCUGAUGAUGGUGAUCCAGCCAAGAGCGAGACUGUAUUCGUUACCAUCAACGUAACUGACAUCAACGAUAACAGGCCAUAUUUUAACACAUCAUUACAAAAUCAGACGUUUUCUACUGUCCAGACUGCUCCAGUGGGUAGCGUGAUUGGCCACGUCGUGAGUAUUGAUGACGACGAAGAUCACUACUCCAACAGCUCCUAUAACGUCGUCCAAAUUGAUGAAAGGUUAUUGAUUCAUGUAAAUGGUACCAUUGUCAUCAACAAACCCCUCAUCGAUCUCGAGAAAGAGUUUUAUAAGAUCGAGUUUGGAGUUAGCGUGAAGGACAGCCUUCCUCUGCAUUGGUCAUCAGUUACAGAAAAAGAGAACACAUCUGCCAAUGCACUGGUAUCGAUAUCAGUUCACUACAGUGAGCCGAAUGAAUUCCCUCCUAAAUUUACCAAAGCUCAAUACAGUACACAAUUGGACUUUACAAGUCGUAAAGGCACCGAAAUAAAACCACCCGACUUCAAAGCUAUUGAUAAAGAUGGGGACAACAUAACCUAUGUAAUAAUACACGGAAACGUAAGGGAUAUCCUCGUGAUGUCCGCGGAUUCCGGAUUGAUGACACUCCACUAUGAUCUGGACAGCACUAUCGAUGCCCUCAUUAAUUUGACUAUUACAGCAACAGACGAUGCCCUUUAUCCGAAAACAGGUACAUGUCAAGUGUUGAUAACACUGAAAGACAUGGAAGACACCCAGUGUAUCCCACAGAGGGAAUACAGUCGGUUGGGGGAGGACAGUGAGCAGAAAGCAACGUUCAUGACUCUGUUUGGCGUCAUCACUGCACUGCUGGUCCUUGCUGUAAUUGCAGUCCUGGUCAGCUGUUACAAGUGGCGUGUUUCAAGAAAGGAAGUGGAACUGCACAGGAAAAAAGGCAAGAACUACAGUUUAGGCGACAAAGAUAGACAAACAAAACGUGGAGAAGAAUACGAUGGAUUGCGAGAAUAUGUCCAAGAACCAGAACACGCUUACCAACGCCAUGAAACGAGAGACUUUUCUUCGCCAGAUGGCGUGGUAAAUCCUGCAUACGCACGAGCUCCAACUGGAAGGAACUUACGCGAACGCCCAGGAUGCAAGCCUCCCACAGAGCCUGUGCCGGAUUAUGACUUUGAUAUGCCGGUGGUCGAUUCAGGCAAUAUUCAACUUCAAGAGAUACCUCCACAACGCAGGGAACAUAAUAGUUGAGCAGGAACACCAAGCCGGGCACGGUAGCCGAACAGGCACACAGGACGAACAUAAAAGAUGGAAGCCAGGAAGACACAAUAGCUGAGAACGAACAUCAAGAGAACACAAUGGUUGAAAAGGAACAGGGAGAGGAACACCAUACAGUUGAACUAAUUCAGCAUAUUAACUUUAACUGUUUAAUCCUUGCAAUGUACAUAAUAAUCAUCAGUGCAUAACAGGCGGAGAUGUCGCAAUGUAAUUAUUUAUACCUCGUGAUACAAUAAACAAUACUCACACUUGACAAGAAAUAUAGAAACACCACUCACUCCGCUGAUUUAUUUUACAUUCUUUUACUAAUUUCAAUAGUUUUAAAUGACUAUGCUCGACUGUCAUAAAUAUAUAUCCCCUAAGUUCAAAGUAAGCAAGCUGUGAUAAAUUUUAUAUUUCCAUGUUUUCCCUAUAAAUAAAUCGAUCAACCUACAUGUAGUCCACGAUUAAUAACGAUUUCGAUAAAACAUGUGCAACGGUAUUUAUUUGAUUUUAGACACUUAGAUAUACUGUUCAGAACAUGAACUCUUAUAAUUUAGAAGUUUAUGAAACAUGAAGAAAUUAUUUCUUUUAGUAAUAACUUCCUCAUCUUUUUCUAACGCCAUUUCAUGGAUCCGUUCAUCGCUUAGUCAAGCCUUGAAACCGCUGAAACAAUAAGGAAUAUUGUUAUCCAUAAAACGAAUUAAUUUAAACCUUAAUAUUGAAGGGAACUGUAGCCACGCAUUGAGACUCAUGGUAAUUUCUCCAUUCCAUUUUUGCAAGAUCAUGUAUAUUCUAUGUAUAUUAUGAUACUCUUUGUACUAGCAUGUUACGUUCACAGUUCACACCUGUACUUAUAAUAUGUAUUGAUUUGGAACUGAUAUUCAUAAAGAAUGUAACAGCAAUCUGAUACCAUUAAAGCAAUGACUGUGGUUGAUAAGAAUAUGGUUAUUGUUAUCUCGGAUGCCAAUGGACUGUUUAUGCAGUUUAUGUACAUCGCUGUUUGAUAGUUAGUCAUAAACACUUGUUUAUGAUAUGGUCGUAAUCGUACAAGGAACUUUGCUUUCAGCAGAGAUUUCUCAUUGCAGGAGUAGUGCUGUACAGCGUCAGGCAACAAAGAAACAUCUGUCCUCAAUGAUUUUCAGUGAUCCAUACAUACAAUUCACUGCUAUUUUACCAUUCACACGCAACUGAAUCUGUUUGGAUGGAUAAUCGAGAUUGAUUAUCCUCUUGCGUUGACGUUUUAUAUUUAUGAUUAUGAAAAUGUGCUUGCCGCAUUUUUUUAGUAAUUGUUUGGUGUUUAUUGUCAGAUAUUUAGUUUAUACCAUACAUAUUUCUUUUAUGAUAUUUGUAGGAAUUCUCAUGUAGAUUUUCAUCUUUAAAAACAUAUUACUUUCAUGAUAGUCAAUAACAUGCAUGUAUGUUUUCAUAAAAACAAUAAACA